CCUCUCUUCCCAGGAAGGGUUCAGCCAAGACCGAGUUGGAGCCCCAGGACGGCGUCUUAACCCAGAGUGCGGAGAACACCAAUUAUGCAGACCCCGUUCCCACCUUCCACAAGUGUGAGAUCUGCCUGCUGUCCUUCCCCAGAGAGGCCCAGUUCCAGCGCCACAUGAAGGAGCACGAGCGCAAUGACAAGCCGCACCGAUGUGACCAGUGCCCCCAGACUUUCAACGUUGAAUUCAACCUGAGGCUGCACAAAUGCACCCACAACGGGGAGGACCCCACGUGCCCCGUGUGUAACAAGAAGUUCUCCAGGGUGGCCAGCCUCAAGGCGCACAUCAUGCUGCAUGAGAAGGAGGAGAACCUCAUCUGCUCCGAGUGUGGGGACGAAUUCACACUGCAAAGCCAGCUGGCCAUCCACCUGGAGGAGCACCGGCAGGAGCUGGCCAGCCGCCGCACUCACCUCUGCAAGGCCUGCAAGAAGGAGUUGGAGACAGCCGCCCAGCUCAAGGAGCACAUGAAGACGCACUGCAAGAUCAGGGUCUCAGGUACAAGGUCAUAUAACCGGAAUAUUGACCGAAGCGGGUUCACGUACUCCUGUCCUCACUGUGGGAAGACCUUUCAAAAGCCCAGCCAGCUGACACGCCACGUCAGGAUCCACACAGGUGAAAGGCCCUUUAAAUGCAGCGAGUGUGGAAAGGCCUUUAACCAGAAGGGGGCGCUUCAGACGCACAUGAUUAAGCACACAGGUGAAAAGCCCCACGCCUGCGCCUUCUGCCCUGCUGCCUUUUCUCAGAAAGGGAACCUGCAGUCCCACGUCCAGAGAGUUCAUUCGGAGGUCAAGGACGGACCCACGCACAACUGCACUGAAUGCAGCUGUGUCUUUAAGAGCUUAGGCAGCUUGAAUACGCACAUCAGCAAGAUGCACAUGGGCGGGCCGCCGGCCAACAGUGCAGAGGCGGCCCACGGCCUCACGGCCACCCUCUUUCAGACCUUACCUCUCCCAUCGACUGAAGCCCAGGUCACGACCACCUCCGGCCAGCAGGGCGCACAGGCCGUCACAGAUGUCAUCCAGCAGCUUCUGGAGCUGUCGGAGCCCGGCCCCGGGGAUGCCAGCCCAUCGCCCCAGCCUGGCCAACAGCUGAGCAUCACCGUGGGCAUCAACCAGGACAUCCUGCAGCAAGCCUUAGAAAACAGUGGGCUGUCUUCAAUUCCAGUUGCAGCUCAUCCUAGUGACCCCAGCCAUGCCAAGACUCCCGCAACCCAGACCCCAAGUCCAGUCCUCAGCGCCGUGUCCAGUGAGCAGGCUGAACCAGCCGAAGAUGAGCCGGAGAAGGAGCCCGAGGGCUCGGGAAAGCUGGACAAGAGAGACAAGAAGGCCCUGAAGAAGAAGUCUCCUUUCCUCCCGGGCUCCAUCCGCGAGGAGAACGGCGUCAGGUGGCACGUGUGCCCCUACUGCAACAAGGAAUUCAAGAAGCCCAGCGACCUGGUGCGCCACGUCCGCAUCCACACCCAUGAGAAGCCCUUCAAGUGCCCACAGUGCUUCCGGGCCUUCGCCGUCAAGAGCACACUGACGGCGCACAUCAAGACGCACACGGGCAUCAAGGCCUUCCAGUGCCAGCACUGCAUGAAGGGCUUCUCCACCUCCGGCAGCCUCAAGGUGCACAUCCGCCUGCACACAGGCGUUAGACCUUUUGCCUGUCCGCACUGUGACAAAAAGUUCCGAACCUCAGGCCACAGGAAGACGCAUGUUGCCUCCCACUUCAAGCACACGGAGCUCAGGAAGAUGCGGCACCAACGCAAGCCUGCCAAGGUCCGGGCAGGCAAGGCCAAUGCCCUGGUGCCAGACAUCCCUCUGCAGGAGCCCAUCCUGAUCACCGACCUGGGUCUUAUCCAGCCCAUUCCGAGAAACCAGUUUUUCCAAAGUUAUUUUAAUAAUAAUUUUGUAAAUGAAGCGGAUCGACCCUACAAGUGCUUUUACUGUCACCGCGCGUAUAAGAAGUCGUGCCACCUCAAACAGCACAUCAGGUCGCACACGGGGGAGAAGCCCUUUAAGUGCUCGCAGUGUGGCCGUGGCUUCGUGUCGGCCGGCGUGCUGAAGGCACACAUCCGCACACACACGGGCCUCAAGUCCUUCAAGUGCCUCAUCUGUAACGGCGCCUUCACCACAGGCGGGAGCCUGCGGCGCCACAUGGGCAUCCACAACAGCCUGCGCCCCUACAUGUGCCCCUACUGCCAGAGGACCUUCAAGACCUCACUCAAUUGCAAGAAGCACAUGAAGACGCACAGGUAUGAACUUGCCCAGCAGCUGCAGCAGCAUCAGCAGGCCACCUCCAUCGACGACAGCACCGCAGACCAGCAGGGUAUCCACGUGCCCACCCAGAUGCAGGUGGAGAUCGAGAGUGGCGUGCUGCCGGCAGCCACCACGGCGGUGGCCGCCCACCCCGAGGCCCUGCUGGAGCUGGGGCCACAGCAUGUUGUGGGCACCGAGGAGGCUGGACUCAGCCGGCCCCUGGCCGACCAGCCCCUGGGAGCUGACGAAGAUGGCUUUGUGGCUCCCGAGCACCCUCUGCAGGGGCACAUGGACCAGUUUGAGCAGCAGCCCCCCGCCCCGCAGGCCUUUGAGCCGGCGGCCCUGCCACAAGGGUUCACAGUGACCGACACGUACAGCCAGCAGACUCCGUUCCCCCCGGUCCAGCAGCUGCAGGACUCCAGCACGCUGGAGUCCCAGGCCCUCUCCGCCAGCUUCCAUCCGCAGAGCCUGCUCCCAGUCCCCGGCUCCGACACAGUCAGCGUGACCACCCGACUGAUCCAGGAGCAGCCUCAGGAGGCACUGGACCUGCCGCCGCCACCACCGCCACCACCACCGUCAUCACGGAGCCAGUUCCUGGAGGACAGUGAGGACCACGGCCGGCGCUCUUACAGGUGUGACUACUGCCACAAGGGGUUCAAGAAGUCCAGCCACUUGAAGCAGCACGUGCGCUCCCACACUGGAGAGAAGCCCUAUAAAUGCCGGCUCUGCGGGCGUGGUUUUGUCUCCUCGGGGGUCCUCAAGUCGCAUGAGAAGACGCACACAGGGGUGAAGGCUUUCAGCUGCAGCAUCUGCAGCGCCUCCUUCACCACCAACGGCAGCCUCACCAGGCACAUGACCACGCACAUGAGCAUGAAGCCCUACAAGUGCCCCUUCUGCGAGGAGAGCUUCCGCACGACCGUCCACUGCAAGAAGCACAUGAGGAAGCACCAGGCGGUGCCGCCUGCCGUGCCCGCCAGCAGCGAGCCAGGAGGAGGAGACGUCUUCCUGGAGGAGGAAGAAGACUGUUCUGAGCGGAACCUCUCUCGGAAGUCUCGGCCCGAGGUCAUCACCUUCACGGAGGAGGAGACGGCGCAGCUGGCCCGGAUCCGGCCCCAGGAGAGCGCCACCGUGUCCGAAAAGGUGCUGGUCCAGUCGGCGGCAGAGAAGGACCGCAUCAGCGAGCUGAAAGACAAGCAGGCCGAGAUGCAGGCCGAGCCCAAGUACGCCAACUGCUGCACCUACUGCCCCAAGAGCUUCAAGAAGCCCAGCGACCUGGUCAGGCACGUGCGCAUCCACACCGGCGAGAAGCCCUACAGGUGUGACGAGUGCGGGAAGAGCUUCACCGUGAAGUCCACGCUUGACUGCCACGUGAAGACACACACAGGUCAGAAGCUCUUCAGCUGCCACGUCUGCAGCAACGCCUUCUCCACCAAGGGGAGCCUGAAGGUGCACAUGCGCCUGCACACGGGCGCCAAACCCUUCAAGUGUCCGCACUGCGAGCUGCGCUUCCGCACGUCCGGCCGCAGGAAGACGCACAUGCAGUUCCACUACAAGCCGGACCCCCGGAAGGCACGACGGCCGGUCCCCCGGGGCAGCCCCGAGGGGCUGCAGCCCGCCAGCCUGCUCAGCCCCACCCCCUCAGACCCCAAUGUGCUCAUCAUGAACCAUUCUGUCCUCACGGGCCAAUUCGACCAGCAUCUGCUGCAGCAGGGACUGGUGAGCCAGGCCAUUCUUCCUGCCUCCAUGUCUGCUGGUGGGGACUUGACGGUGUCGCUGACAGACGGUGGCCUGGCCACCUUGGAGGGCAUCCAGUUACAGCUAGCGGCCAGCUUGGUCGGACCCAAUGUCCAGAUCUCUGGAAUCGACACCUCCAGCAUUAACAACAUCACCUUACAGAUUGACCCGAGUCUCCUGCAGCAGACCCUGCAGCAAGGCAGCGUGCUGGCCCAGCAGCUCACUGGAGACCCCAGCCCGGCCCCCCAGAGUGGCUCGCUCCAGGCCCCAGACGGUGUGGUCCUGCAGCCCAUCUCAGGCCUGUCUCUGCAGCCCUCGGCAACGCCGGCCAACCUGACCAUCAGCCCACUCUCUGAGCAGGACUCGGUGCUGGCGGCCAGCGGCAGUGGGAACCAGGACCUCGCUCAGGUGAUGACGUCUCAGGGGCUCGUGUCCACAUCCAACGGUCCUCACGAGAUCACCCUGACCAUCAACAACUCCAGCCUGAGCCAGGUGCUGGCCCAGGCGGCUGGCUCCUCAGCGGCAUCGGCGUCAGGCUCCCCGCAGGAGAUCACCCUCACCAUCUCAGGUCAGGACCUCAUCCCACACAGCUCGAAUGGAGGCAGUGACCUCAACGGUGGCAUGCGGCUGUCAGCCCCGCCCAUCAGCAGCCCGUCCACAGCCGCCACCCUGACCAUAAGCAACGACCAGCUGCUCUCCCAGAGCUCGGCCCUGGGUUCCCCUGAACUGAGCACUGCCCCUGGGAGCCUGCCAGCCACCAGGCCCAUAUCUCCAUCCACCAUGUCCACGCAGAACCUGGUCAUGGCGUCCUCAGGCAUGGGCGGCGAUGCCAGCGUCACGCUGACUCUGGCCGACACGCAGGGCAUGCUCUCUGGGGCCCUCGACACGGUAACGCUGAACAUCACCUCACAGGGCCAGCAGUUUCCCGCACUGCUCACGGACCCAACCCUCUCCGGCCCAGGCGGGGCCGGCUCCCCACAGGUGAUCCUGGUGAGUCAGACACCGCACAUGCCCUCCACUGGCUGUGAAGAGCUGGCCUACCAGGUGAUGGACGUCCCCUCAAGCCUGGCCAAGGGCAGCCCCCCGGAGAAGGAGGGCCGGGCACACGGGUGCCUGGAGUGCAGCCGCACCUUCCCAUCGGCCGCUCUGCUGCUGCAGCACAGCAAGGAAGCGCAUGGGCGGGAGCGCAUCCAUGCCUGCCGGCUCUGCAGCAAGGCCUUCAAGCGCGCCACGCACCUCAAGGAGCACAUGCAGACGCACCAGGCUGGCCCCUCGCUCAGCUCCCAGAAGCCCAGAGUCUUCAAGUGCAGUACCUGCGAGAAGGCCUUUGCCAAACCCAGCCAGCUGGAGAGGCAUGGCCGAGUCCACACAGGGGAGAGGCCCUUCGGCUGUGGGCUCUGCGAGAAGGCCUUCAACCAGAAGAGCGCCCUGCAGGUGCACAUGAAGAAGCACACUGGGGAGCGGCCCUACAAAUGCGAGUGCUGCGCCAUGGGCUUCACGCAGAAGAGCAACAUGAAACUGCACAUGCGGCGCGCACACAGCCACGCGGGCACCCUGCAGGAGCCUGCCGGCCCCCCGGAGCAGGAUGGGACCGAGCUGGGCCGGACACUGCACCUGGAGGUGCAGGAGGCGACGGGCGAGUGGCAGGCCCUGGCCAACGUGUUCUGACAUCGGCCGCGCAGACUGCGGAGCGUUCUGAGGCCGUUCUGUACGCGCACGCACCUGGCCUUGUGUCCGGAAGCACCUGGCCUUGUGUCCGGAAGCUUCAGUGUGAGAAGCGUCCACGUGACAGUUUUCACGUGAAAUUAUCUGCGAAUCAGUGUCUUUCAGAGAGUUGGGGAGAUGACGUGGCCAGUGCCGCCGGGUCUCCAACCACUGAACUCAGGGCUCUUCCGCCACGCCGGGCAGCCGGGCGCAGACAGGAGCUGGCCGCCAGCGGAGCGGGACGACGGUGUUGG